GCUCAGGUGAGACAGCAGUGCGCAUGCGGACACGCCCUUUCCCUCUCAGCCUGUCCUCGCGCUAACCUGUACUCGAGACAGGAAGUGAAGAGCUUUGUUCUUUUGUAAACAGCACGGCUUUGGGAAACUUAACUCGCGCUAAGAAACAAGUAUGCACGAACAGGCGGAAAAUCAUAACGUUCGUCGAAAGGAUGACGAUUAAUUCAUCUGACUGCUGACGAGGCUGAGAAAAGCGCGAACUUUCGCCGCGCGCCAGUUAGUUGCUCAAGUCGACAGAAAGCGUCUCGCGCUGCUGCGUUAGCUGUGUGAUAGCGAGUGCGCGCGCGCGUGCGCGUGACAGACAGCAGUAACUAAUGCUAGCUAAGUUGAGUGAUUAAACUCGCUAAGUCACAUAACGCGGUUAGGGCGACGCUUAAAUGUUAAAUGUUGCCGUUAUAACUUGACGUGACUGAUAACGGGGAGCUCGAGUUUUGAAUAAGAGAGAAGUUUUCGCUUGUUUUUGGCGUUUGGUUUUCAAAUUUCCCUCCGUUUUGUUGAGUCUUUUGGGAGUUUAAGCUAAUAGGCGGCUGGCUAACAGGCCGCAGGGACUCAACAUAGCAACCGUAAUCUCUGGAGUUUGGUGUCGUUUAACUGGUUUGUAAUUCCGUGAACUUUCCGGAGCAUUGGAUACAUAAUUUGUGUUGAUUUGGGUCAAUCAUGGAUCCUCCUAACUUUGGGAAUUCAGCAUCUGCUGCUGCUGCUGGUGCUUCUUCAAAAAAAGACAAAAAACCCAAGAAGAGCUACGAUGAAGGAGAUGGGAAGAAGAAAUUUACCUUCAAAAGACUCAUUCCCGAUGAGCUGGAGCGGUUCACAAGCAUGCGAAUAAAAAAGGAGAAGGAGAAGUCAGGCUCGACAAGCCAGAGACAUUCCUCUGCUGUGCUUUAUGAGAUCCCAUCCCAGGCUGCCAUGCUGCAGGACCACAGUGAUGACUACAUACUGGAGCUCUUUGAGCAGAUGCUGGUGGACAUGAAUCUGAAUGAGGAGAAGCAGGUGCCGCUGAGACAGAAGGACAUCGCCAUAAAGAGAGAGAUGGUCUCUCAGUACCUACACACAUCUACAGCUGGCCAGAACCAGAAAGAGAGUUCCAAGUCUGCUGUGAUGUACAUCCAGGAGUUGAGAACUGAACCCAGAGACACACAGCUGCUGAGCUGCCUCGAGUCUCUACGCAUCUCCCUUAAUAACAACCCUGUCAGCUGGGUGCAGACGUUUGGACAGGAGGGUUUGAUUUUGCUGCUCAACUUCCUCAAGAAACUUCAGGAUGAGAAAGAGGAGAACCCGAACUCUGGUGUUGGAGUUAAGUGCCAACACGAGAUCAUCCGCUGUCUCAAAGCCUUUAUGAACAACAAGUACGGUUUGAAAGCCAUGUUGGCAUCAGCUGAUGGGAUUCCUCUCCUGGUCCGAGCCAUAAAUCCCAGCAUCCCUCAUAUGAUGGUGGAUGCUGUCAAACUGCUGUCAGCUAUCUGCAUUCUUGAGCACCCUGAAAACCUUCAUGAACGUGUACUGGAGUCUAUAACUGCACUGGCUGAGGAGAGGGACAUAGAGAGAUUCCAGCCAUUACUGUCUGGCCUGCACAAGCCCAAUAUUGCUCUCAAGGGAGGCUGUAUGCAGCUCAUCAAUGCUGUGAUCAGCAGAGGAGAGGAGCUCGACUUUAGAAUUCACAUACGCUCUGAGCUGAUGAGACUGGGCCUGAGGGAGCUGCUCGCUGAGGUGAGGAACAUAGAAAAUGAAGAGCUCCGUGUGCAGCUGCAGGUCUUUGAUGAGCAGGCUGAGGAAGACUCCGAAGACCUGCGUUCUCGCCUCGAUGAUGUGCGCAUUGAGAUGGAUGACAUAUCAGAGGUGUUCCAGGUGUUACUGAACACCGUGAAGGAUUCAAAGGCCGAAGGCUACUUCCUGUCCCUCAUGCAGCACCUGCUGCUGGUGCGCAAUGACUACUUGAUUAGGCCACAGUACUACAGAUUGAUGGACGAGUGUAUAGGGCAGAUCGUGCUCCACAGGAACGGCUGCGAUCCAGAUUUCAAAUGCAGAAACCUACAACUGGACAUCGAAGCACUCAUCGAUAACAUGGUGGAUAAGACAAAAGUAGAGAUCAGCGAGGCCAAGGCCACAGAGCUGGAGAAAAAGCUGGAUGCAGAGUUGACCGCACGCCAUGAGCUGCAGGUGGAGUUUAAGAAGAUGGAGGGCAAUUAUGAGCAGAAAGUCCAAGAGCUCAGUGCUGAAAAAGAAGCCAUUGGAAAAGAAAAAGUGGGCAAAGAGAAAGAGAACCAAGAGCUGUGUGGAGAAAUCAGCCAACUCAAAGAAAAGGUUGAAAAAAUGACUAAGGAUCUUGAUGAAGCCAAGAGGAAAAUCAGUGCCCAGAGUGACCUUUCAGCACCAGCCUCAUUGCCUCAUAAACCUACACCUCUGCCCAGCCAAACAGGCAUGCCUCCGCCACCUCCACCGCCACCUCUGCCUGGCCAAACAGGUAUGCCUCCUCCUCCACCCCCACCCCCACCUCUGCCUGGCCAUGCAGGCAUGCCCCCUCCACCACCACCACCACCCAUGCCAGGCAUGAUGGGACCGCCGCCACCUCCCCCUCUACCUGGGCAGGGAGCUGGGAUGCCCCCUCCACCACCUCCAUUACCCGGUGCCCCCGGUAUGCCCCCACCUCCGCCUCCACCCCCAGGGCUUCCAGGAAUGCCACCCCCUCCUCCAAUGCCUGGAAUGCCGCCUCCACCUCCAGGAGGAUUUGGAACCUGGGCUGCUCCAGUACCACAAUUACCAUUUGGCCUGAAGCCCAAGAAAGAGUACAAACCAGAGGUGCAGCUUAAGAGGGCCAACUGGAGUAAGAUUGCAGCUGAGGAUCUUUCAGAGAGCAGCUUCUGGGUGAAAACGAAAGAGGACCGCUUUGAGAGUAACGAGCUCUUCUCCAGACUCACUCUGGCGUUCUCCUCCCAGACCAAGACCUCAAAAGCAAAGAAAGACCAGGACGGAGGAGAAGAAAAAGCAGCUCAGAAGAAGAAAGUGAAGGAGCUGAAAGUUCUCGAUUCCAAAUCAUCCCAGAACCUCUCUAUUUUCCUGGGCUCAAACAGAUUGCCAUACGAGGAGAUGAGAAAUAAUAUCUUGGAGGUGAAUGAGAAGGUGCUUACAGAGAACAUGGUGCAGAGCUUACUGAAGCUGUUGCCUGAGGAAGAGCAGCUAAAGGUCUUAUCAGAGUUGAAGGAUGAGUAUGAUGACCUCGCAGAGUCCGAACAGUUCGGAGUGGUGAUGAGUUCAGUAAAGCGUCUAAAGUCCCGGCUCAGUGCCAUCCUGUUCCGACUGCAGUUUGAAGAGCAGAUAAAUAACGUGAAGCCAGACAUUGUGUCCGUGACUGCAGCAUGCGAGGAGAUGAUGAAGAGUGAUAACUUUGCCCAACUUCUUCAGAUCAUCCUGCUUGUUGGGAACUAUAUGAAUGCCGGCUCACGCAAUGCCAAAGCCUUUGGCUUCAGCAUCAGCUACCUGUGCAAGCUCAGAGACACAAAGUCUGCAGAUCAGAAGCAGACUCUUUUGCAUUUCCUGGCAGAUGUGUGUCAGGAGGAGUAUCCUAACGUCAUGCACUUCCAUGAGGAGCUUAUUCACCUGGAGAAAGCCAGCAGAGUUUCAGCAGAGACACUCCAGAAAAAUCUGGAUCAAAUGGGGAAGCAGAUCAAGAGUCUGGAAAAGGACAUCGAGACUUUCCCUCCACCCCAAAAUGAAAAGGAUAAAUUUGUUGAGAAAAUGACAGUUUUUGUGGCGUCUGCGCGAGAGCAGUUUGAGAAGCUCCAGCUGAUGCACAACAACAUGGAGAAGCAGUACGAAGACCUGGGCAAAUACUUUGUGUUUGACCCCAAGAAGAUGGGCCCUGAAGAGUUAUUCGGAGACCUCAACAACUUUAGGAACAUGUUCCAGCAAGCCGUGAGUGAGAAUCAGAAACGUAAGGAAGCAGAGGAGAAGAUGCGCAAGGCCAAACUUGCAAAAGAGAAAGCAGAGAAAGAGAAAGAAGAGAGACAGAAGAGAAUGAAUUCUGGGCACUCGCUUAACAUCAAUGACGAUGGCGAUGAGACUGGUAUCAUGGAUGGCCUGUUGGAAGCACUGCAAUCAGGAGCUGCUUUCAAACGAAAGAGAGGUCCAAGGCAAGCAGACUCAGUGCUGUCUUUGUCCCAGCUCAUAUUGGACACCUGCUCGGAAAUCGAAGAGGAGCUGGAAAUGCAGUGACAAACAUUCUUGCCAAAGAACUGCUGCAGGAAGACCCCAAGCCUAGCACAACCAAAAAGACAAAAAAGGACAGUGAGAGCAAGAAGGCAGAAUCAGCAGAAGACACAGGAUCUCUGGAGGAUCUCUUGGAUGUUGCCCCACCACGGUCUAAUUAGGAACUUCCUGUUCUGGCCCUUUGCUUGGGGGGACAUUGCUUGGGUACCAAAUGUGAGGAAGGGGUUGGUCUCUCUCUCUCACACCCCCCAUGUAAGCCUUGAUGGCUUACUGUUGGCCAAUUUUACUGUAGACAGAGGGGCUGUCUGUUCUGCCCCAAAAGGGAGCUUAGAAAUGAUCAUGGUCACACCGCACUCAUCCCUGUUUUCUGCAGUUUUCAUCACUUUUAUUCUAUAUUAUUUUUCUUGAAGGUAAAAUUGGAUCAACCCAAAGAUCUAUUUGACACAGGUGAUACAUUCCUUGAUAUUUCUGCACUUAGGUUCUUUUGUUUUUUGUUUAGUUGUUUAUCAGUACUUCAGAUUUACACACAGAGAUUCAGUUCUUUCUUGCUUUCUGGAGCCAAGUGUAAUACUAUGCAAAACAUACUGUAUCCAGAGUGUUAAAAGUGAAUUUCCAUUACAUUAGCACAAACGGAGCAAAAAAAUGUGCCAACUGAUAGCUUAGAAAUGUACAUACAUCUGUUCAAUAAGUCUGUGCCUUAAGUAGACCUGAAGCCAAACACAGGCAGGCAUAUUCUCUGAUGGUUCAUGAGAGAGAGGGAAUACGUGUGUGUUAGAUUGAAAGUCAGGUACCUCAUAUUUCUUUCCCCCCUAUAGUUCUGUUUUUGUCUGUUUGUCCUUUACAAAGCUCUAGCUGCACAUCUCACAGCUAAAUCCAGAGUAGUCUCCCAUUAUCUCCACAGUGAUAGAGGCAGUGUGUGUGUGCACAUUUACACACUGCUCUGUGUAAUUACUAACCUGUUGUAAACAUUUAAUAAACAGCUCUCUUUUUUUUGUGCAUGUCUGAGCGAUAUGAAUAGGCAUGUACUGAAUUUCAUCCAUACUUAAUCGCUGCCCAAGAAAUACUGCAGUCUGCUCCUGUUAUCCUGUCCAUGUUUGAUUUAAGACAGAUUUUGAGUUUGCCUGUGCCAGAUGAACAAACCUUUCAUUCCUUGCAUGCAGGGACGUCUUUAGCUGUCAGAGAGAAAAAAGGAAUCGGUAAAAUACUUGAGUUACUGUUUUCUCUUUCAACAUUUUUGCUCUAAACUAUUUCAAAUUUAUCAGAAUGUUACUUGCUUUUUUCACUGCUUUUAAUAAUAUCAGCAAUUAUAUUGUUCACUAGGACAAUGUGCACGUUACACGAAAGACGUCUGUCAGGGGUUCUGAAAGACAUUUUCGUCCUGAAUGUACCAGAACAUUCUCAUGAUGGGUCUUAAAACACUGGACACAUGCUUAUUGACUGCAAAGCAUUCUUUAUUUUCUGCUGCGGUUAUAAAAAUGUGUGACUGCUCUCGAUGCCAUGCUUAUUACUGUUCAGCUUAGGUUUCGGUUUUAUCCUGAGAAGGAGUCUUCCAUAAAGCAGUCUUGCUGUAUGGACGACUCUAUAGUAUGCGUGAUAGUAUAACUUAGCGAUCAUAAAGACUCGCAUGGCAUUUACUGGACAUUUCUAUUCAUUUAUGGUAACUGAUUGAUUUGGUGAGCAGCAUUACGUCACUGGAUUGAGAAAAAUACAACGCGUAGUCUUUUUUCCAUUUUAUGGACAGAUUUUCUAUAUAAAUUUUUAUUGAUUAUUUUUAAUAUUAAUGUAAUUAGAAAUACACUUGGUUGUGUGUAUAUGGAAUUUUCUUUAGAUAAAUGAAAGCUUGCAUUUCUGUACAACUCUUGCCAUUAAAAAAAAAAACCUUUAGUAGUA